AUGAAAUGCAAUAUUGUAUUAUUUAAAGAAUGGAAAAACGUUGUUACACGUCGAGUGAAAAAAAUCCCUGAUUAUAAAGUUGGUGAUGCCAAACCAUUAUAUAUGCCCAGAGAAGCUAAAAGAUAUCCUGAAUACAAGUAUGGUGAAUCUAAUAUUUUCCAACAAAGUAAUAAAGGGUUGUAUGGUGGGUCGUUUAUUCAAUUUGGCCAUCAUGUAGCGGAAAAUGGGAUCAAGACACCCAAGACAUGGUUACCUAAUAUUAUCAAGAAACGGUUAUGGAGUGAGACGUUAGGGAGAGAUGUGGAAGUGAAACUGACUACCAAAGUGUUGAAAACUAUUAGUAAAGAAGGUGGUCUAGAUAAAUAUCUGUUAAAGGACAAGAGUGCAAGAAUUAAAGAAUUGGGACCAUUUGGAUGGAAAUUGCGUUAUGAUGUGUUGAAAAAAAUGGAGGAUGAAAAGAGGAAAACGACCGAUCCACACGAGGGCAAAUCUCUAACUGAGAAUGGCGACCGUGUUUAUUACGAAGAUGAGAAAUAUCGAGUUAUAGUAGGACGUCGGAAGUUGAUGAAGCUGCUGUACCCCUUGGAGAAAGAACGGAUCGAAAGCCAUGGCAAACAAUUGCACUAUCGUGAUUUUGUGGAUCGAUAUCGUCAAGUUGGGAGUAUAGAGAUGUUUUACAAGUUGGAACAGUAUGGGUUUGAGAUUGGUAAUAUUAGUAUCUGUAAGUAG